GUCGUCCCGUAUAAAAAUGAAGCUCGAUGUGCAAUGGACUCAGAGAACAGCAGAUAUCUUCUUCGUACAAAAUUUAUCCUAUUUUUCGUUGCCAUGAUGUUUGUUUUUCUUGUUGUGCUGAUACUUUUUAGUUUUCUCCAUGUUUCUUUUGGGCAAUCGGCGUGCGCCGGUGUCUGUAAAGCGCCAUUAUAUGUUACCGGACAGACGAUCGACGUUUACCGGGCGAAUGGAUUGUGGUACGAAUACAUGGUAGGAUUUGACCAAGUAGCUUAUAAUAUCGUAAAAAAUGGAACCGUGCGAGGCACCUAUCCAGGAUCACCUGUGAACGCGUGUACUUCCUGUGCAUAUUUUGCCACAUGGUGGAUUAAUUUUUACCAACCUGCAGUAGCCAAUCAAACGGGACCAAACGCUCUCUAUAACUGCACCGCAAUAUGGCAUCAAGGAAAUAUGACAACUGCCGGAAAACGAUACGCCGUGUCAUUAUACUUCGAUAUGAAUUCGGAGAUCGUGAACAUCACUACUACAAUUUUAUUCACCGAUUAUGACACCGUGGAAAUUGUGUAUGGUUGUGACGAUUAUCCCACAAACGCCGAUGGCACUUGUUCUGCUCCUAGCUUUUGGGUGUUUACCCGCGUAAAACCACCGCUGCUGACCGAUGCUCAGCGUAGCUACAUCCGCGACAAAGUGGACAAGUAUCUAAAGCCAUUAUGCUACAGCCAUGCCGAGAUGAAGUUUUCUGGGUUUGAUUUGAACCUCAACAAUUUGCCGCCUUGCAAUAUCGCUCAAGGCUCACCUGGACCGUUUCCAUCGCGAUUCCUUGCUACAAUGCCCAUUUCCAAUCCUAUUUAAAUUCAUAGCUAUAAGAAGGGUCACUAAAUACCGACGUAAUACAUACAAUUCCGGUGAUUCAAUUGGUUCCUUAGUUAUCUUGCUGCAAAUUCGUUACAAAUUUUUUAAACCUUUAAUUUACUGCAAUAUUUUGACAAGUUGACCUUGCAAAGUGGGAUAUUGACAGUUGGGCAGAAAACAUAAUAUAAUUGCUUACUGGUAAUUUAUUUGUCAGUAGAAUGACCUUGCAAAGUGGGAUAUUGACAAUUGGGCAGAAAACAUAAUAUAAUUGCUUACUGGUAAUUUAUUUGUCAGUAGAAUAAAAAUAAAGGGUCAGUGUACACGGAAACUGGUAGA